CGUCUAAUAAAAAUAGGGUUAGAAUUUUUGAUUUUGUUGUCUUUUAAUUUUUGGUUUCUCUUGUUAACUUUUGAGAUACGUAAAGAUUUGCGAGCGUAUUUGAAAUUUGGGUUUCUCAUAAAUAUGCCAUGGAUUUAGCAUCUGGGUCAACCUCCACAGUACCAGAAAAUUUCAAUUCAAAAACCAGAAAUUUUGCAAUAUUAGUGAAUGAUCAACACACUGAAAUUUUGCUAACUCACUUUCCAAACUAUGUGAAUUUGAUAGUAACACAAUUUGGCAAAAUCGGAAAUCUCUACCAAGUGAAAAUCGAUCAACCAGGAAACGGAUUAGCAAUAGCAGAACCUGUUUACAGCAUUUCUACUGUACUUGGAGCUGAAAAUAUCCAAGCUGAGGUGGCAGUAAGGUAUUUGAGUGAAAAAUUAAACAUUAAAAAACCUUUAUUAGUUUGUUUAGCCUUAAAAGAUUACAGCAGAGAUAGUUUGAAUAUUAUAAUCGAUAGUAUUUCAAAUUAUGGCACUACAAAGAAUUAAAAAGGCUGAAAGCCAUUUCGGUCAAGUGGUAAUAGGCCCUCCAGGAUCAGGAAAAACCACUUAUUGUGCAAAAGUUUACAAUUUUUACAAAGACAAACUAAACAGAAAGGUAGAAAUUGUAAAUUUAGAUCCAGCUAAUGAAAACAUGAAUUAUACUCCAAAGAUCGAUAUCAUGCAACUUGUAACAGUAGAAGAUGUGAUGAAGGAGCUGAAUUUAGGCCCCAAUGGAGCUCUGAUGUACUGCAUGGAGUAUUUAGAACAGAAUUUCGAUUGGUUAUUGAAUCAGCUCACAAAAAUUAAAGACAGAUACUUAAUUUUCGAUAUGCCUGGACAGGUUGAAUUAUUCACUCAUCACACUAGUAUUAAAGACGUUUUUGGGAGGUUGGAGAAGUUGGGGUACCAUUUGUGUGCUGUGCAUUUGGUCGACUCGCAUUAUUGUUCUGAUCCACCUAAAUUUAUUUCAACUUUAUUGCUGUCUUUGUCUACCAUGCUGCAAAUUGGGUUGCCCCAUGUCAACGUUCUUAGCAAAGCAGAUUUGCUAAAAAAGAACGCCUCAAAGUUGGAUUUUGGACUCGAUUUUUACACGGACGUAUUAAAUUUAGACUAUUUGCUGGAGAUGUUAGAUGAUGGACCUUUUACCAAAAAAUUUAAGAAGCUAAAUGGUGCAUUGGUGGGUCUAAUCCAAGAUUACAGUUUGGUUGGAUUCGUUCUACUUGAUGCGAAAUCUGAUAGAAGCUUGUUGGAGCUAAAGAGCGCUGUAGAUAAGGCAAAUGGUUAUAUUUAUGGUAGCGGUGAAGAAAGAAGCAUUCAAACAUUACUUUCUUGUGCUGUGGGGGCUAGAACUGAAUCAGAACGAUUUGAUUCUGAUUACAUGUAGUUUAAAUUAAUUUAUGAUUGUUUUUUAUUGCAGUUGUCAUUUUUAAUAUAACCUUGAUAUA